GACGCGCCAGAUGGACUUCAUCAUGUCGUGCGUGGGCUUCGCCGUGGGCCUGGGCAACGUGUGGCGCUUCCCCUACCUGUGCUACAAGAACGGCGGAGGUGUGUUCCUCAUUCCCUACGUCCUGAUUGCCUUGGUGGGGGGGAUCCCCAUUUUCUUCCUGGAGAUCUCGCUGGGCCAGUUCAUGAAGGCCGGCAGCAUCAAUGUCUGGAACAUCUGCCCCCUGUUUAAAGGCCUGGGCUACGCCUCCAUGGUGAUCGUCUUCUACUGCAACACCUACUACAUCAUGGUGCUGGCCUGGGGCUUCUACUACCUGGUGAAGUCCUUCACCACCACGUUGCCCUGGGCCACGUGCGGCCACACCUGGAACACGCCCGACUGUGUGGAGAUCUUCCGCCACGAAGACUGUGCCAACGCCAGCCUGGCCAACCUCACAUGUGACCAGCUUGCUGACCGCCGGUCCCCGGUCAUCGAGUUCUGGGAGAAUAAAGUCUUGCGCCUCUCCGGGGGUUUGGAGAUGCCAGGGGCCCUCAACUGGGAGGUGACCCUGUGUCUGCUGGCCUGCUGGGUGCUGGUCUACUUCUGCGUCUGGAAGGGGGUCAAGUCCACAGGAAAGAUCGUGUACUUCACCGCUACAUUCCCCUACGUGGUCCUCGUGGUGCUGCUGGUGCGUGGAGUGCUGCUGCCCGGCGCCCUGGACGGCAUCGUCUACUAUCUCAAGCCCGACUGGUCGAAGCUGGGGUCCCCUCAGGUGUGGAUAGACGCUGGGACCCAGAUCUUCUUCUCUUAUGCCAUUGGCCUAGGGGCCCUCACAGCCCUGGGCAGCUACAAUCGCUUCAACAACAACUGCUAUAAGGACGCCAUCAUUCUGGCGCUCAUCAACAGUGGGACCAGCUUCUUCGCCGGCUUCGUGGUCUUCUCCAUUCUGGGCUUCAUGGCGGCGGAGCAAGGAGUGCACAUCUCCAAGGUGGCAGAAUCAGGGCCAGGCCUGGCCUUCAUCGCCUACCCCCGGGCUGUGACGCUGAUGCCCGUGGCCCCGCUCUGGGCUGCCCUGUUCUUCUUCAUGCUGCUGCUGCUCGGCCUGGACAGUCAGUUUGUAGGUGUGGAAGGCUUCAUCACUGGCUUGCUCGACCUCCUCCCGGCCUCCUACUACUUCCGUUUCCAAAGGGAGAUCUCCGUGGCCCUCUGCUGCGCCCUCUGCUUUGUCAUCGACCUCUCCAUGGUGACCGAUGGUGGGAUGUAUGUCUUCCAGCUGUUUGACUACUACUCAGCCAGCGGCACGACCCUGCUGUGGCAGGCCUUCUGGGAGUGCGUGGUGGUGGCUUGGGUGUACGGAGCUGACCGCUUCAUGGACGACGUGGCCUGCAUGAUCGGGUACCGACCGUGCCCCUGGAUGAAAUGGUGCUGGUCCUUCUUCACCCCGCUGGUCUGCAUGGGCAUCUUCAUCUUCAACGCGGUGUACUACAAGCCGCUGGUCUACAACAACACCUACGUGUACCCGUGGUGGGGCGAGGCCAUGGGCUGGGCCUUCGCGCUGUCCUCCAUGCUGUGCGUGCCCCUGCACCUUGCGGGCUGCCUCCUCAGGGCCAAGGGGACCAUGGCUGAGCGCUGGCAGCACCUGACACAGCCUGUCUGGGGCCUCCACCACCUGGAGUAUCGCGCUCAGGACUCGGACGUCAGGGGCCUGACCACCCUGACCCCAGUGUCCGAGAGCAGCAAAGUCGUGGUGGUGGAGAGCGUCAUGUGACGGCCCGCGGCCACGUCACCAGCUCACCUCUUGUAGCCAUAGCAGCCCCUGCUCCCCCACCCCUCUCUCCCGGGGGCCUGCCUUUCCCUGUCACUUUUGGGGUCUGCCUGAGGGGGAAGGGAGGAAGCACCACGCGUGCUAACUAAAAUAACUUUUUCCAUUUUUAAUAAAACGCCAAAAAUAUCACAACCCACCAAAAAUAGCUGCCUCCCCGCCCCUCCACCAAGCUGCUCCCAGGCCUGCUGCCUGCCCCCGCCCCACCCAGCCCCGCCGGCCGCCCGCCUAGGCGCUGCCCAGUGCGCCUGCGGGUCCUCACCUGAGGCAGAGGUGCAGCUGGGGCCUGCCGGGCAGGAGGGGAGGGGGGGCGGCAGGGCCCGGGAAUGCCUCCGUGGACCCCCUAGCAGCUUAGAGAGCCAGCGAGGAGCCCCGCUUCCUGCGCCAGUGGUCGCCACGCCGGCGCGAGCGUGCGACGCUCUACCUGAGCCCGGGCGCACGCCCGCAGGACGGCGCCUGUGGGCGACGAGGCUUGUAUUUUGCACAUUUUAUAAAAACUCCAGGAGAGAGAUUUCUGCUUGUAUAUUUCUAAAGAGAAAACUGCCCUGCAGCCCCUCGCCACCUCCGUCAAUUCCAGCCUCCCUGUCCCUCCCCUCGCCACGGAGUGUGAAUUUCUAGAUCUUAUUUUCAUAGGCAGAGCAGAGCUUCCAGCUGUGUGAGUCUGGUGAAUGGUGUGCAUGUGAACCCCGGCCGGGUGACGGGGAGUGCACAGGGCCCCCCCGAGGGCGCCCGCGCACACUCCGCCGCCCAGAGCUGCCGUGUCCCGUCCGGUCGGGGCUGCCCUGGGCGGCUGGCCUGCAGGGACCGCCCCCCCAGGUGGCCACCGGCAGGAGGGCCUCUCCGGCGGGCUCCCACCCGGAGCUCAGGCCCGCGCACUUUCCACGGCUCAAGUCUUCCACGUAGCAGCUUUCACUCACCCCCGUCGGCGUCCCCUCCGGCUCCCAGACGGCCGAGUGGCCCUUCCGAGGCCGCCCUGCGCCUGCACCCUGACGGCGGCCGGCGGGGACAUUCUUACUGUGCUGAAGGCCACUGCGACAUAGCAAUAAAACCCUGUCGUUUUCCA